UAUAUUCCUCCUGUGAAACGCUAAACUAUCUGAGUCUCUUUCUCGGCAUCCUCAGUUGUUAUACUUCAAUAUGACUUUCGGGGAUCAUGGAGAACAGACCAUUUCAGUCGGACCGUGGGGAGGUGAAAAUGGAUUGCACUGGGAUGAUGGAGUUUAUACCACCAUAAGGCAACUGGAAAUAGCUCAUGGAAUCGGAGUUGAUUCUCUUAAGGUUGAAUAUGACAAAAAUGGAAUCUCAGUAUUCUCAGAGAAGCACGGUGGCAGUGGAGGAGCUAAAACAGACAAGAUAAGACUUAAUUAUCCAGAUGAGUUUCUAACUUCUCUGCAUGGAUACUAUGGUAGCUUGUACGAAAGGGGGGCAGUUUUUGUGCGAUCGCUUACAUUUGAAAGCAACAAAAGAACAUAUGGACCAUAUGGUGUCCAGCAAGGAACAUAUUUCACGUUGCCAAUUUCUAAGGGAAAAAUUGUUGGCUUCCAUGGAAAAUCUGGCUGGAAUCUUGAUGCUAUCGGAGUAUAUAUUGAGCCUAUUCAAAAAUCUUUGCUGACUACUUCUCAUGCUAUCGUUCAUUCCAAACAAAGCAUUGUCCAUGGGAUGGAGAAUUAUGAGUACUCAAUGAUACAAGGAAGUCCUCGUAAAAACUUUGAUCUCAUCGUUGCAGUUAGACGCAAGGAGGAGAACGACAGCCUUUUACCUCCAACCACAUUUUCGAGACAAACUUCUAGUUCUGAAUCUUCUGAUAGGGAUUCCAUCUCUACCGAACCAAAUAAAAAGGUUGCAACUAUAGCUCCUGCCCCUAUUGAGAGAGUCCCGUCGAAAACUAUAAUCAAAGGUGUUGUCAAAUAUUGUACCUGGGGUGGAAGUGGAGGGACCGUCUUUGAUGAUGGUAUUUAUGAUGGCGUUAGGCAAGUUUACUUGUCACACAACGUAGGAAUAGUUUCGAUAAGAGCUUGCUAUGACAAAAAUGGACAGGCAAUGUGGGGAAGUAAGAACGGUAGUACUGGAGGAUUUAAAACCGAAAAGGUGUGACUAUAUGAGUCCUCUGUUAUUGAUUAUCCAUCAGAGAUUUUGACUCACAUCACAGGCUACUAUGAACCAACUAUGAUUAUGGGACCGAACAUCAUUCAAUCACUAACGUUUCAUACUACAAAAGGCAAACAUGGACCAUAUGGAGAAGAAAAAGGACAACAAUUCUCAACGAAGUUGAAAGAAGGGAUAAUUGUUGGCUUUCAUGGGAGGAAAGGAUUGUUUCUUGAUGCACUUGGUCUUCAUGUGUUGGAAGGCAAAGUUGUCCUAUGUUUACCCCCUACUCCCGCCUCCGCCCCUAAACCUAUCAAACCAGUUGCAGCAGAGCAAGUUCCAUCUUUAACUGCCCCAUCUCCGCCGAAACCUGUCAAACCAAAACCAGCAUCUGUCACUGAGGUUGAUGAUAGUACACAAUGGACCUUUAAACUUGGAAGAAAAGGACUCACUGAGGAGGCUCUUUCUCGCCAUCCUCACUUGUUAUCCUUCAAUAUGACUUUCGAGGAUCAUAGAGAACAGACUAUUUCAGUCGGACCGUGGGGUGGUGAAAAUGGAUUGCACUGGGAUGACGGAGUUUAUUCCACCAUAAGGCAACUGGAAAUAGCUCAUGGAACCGGAGUUGAUUCUCUUAAGGUUGAAUAUGACAAAAAUGGAACCUCAGUAUUCGCGGAGAAGCAUGGUGGCGGUGGAGGAGCUAAAACAGACAAGAUAAGACUUGAUUAUCCAGAUGAGUUUCUAACUUCUCUGCAUGGAUAUUACAGUAGCUUGUACGAAAGGGGGUCAGCUUUUGUGCGAUCGCUUACAUUUGAAAGCAACAAAAGAACAUAUGGACCAUAUGGUGUCCAACAAGGAACAUAUUUCACUUUGCCGAUUUCUAAGGGAAAAAUUGUUGGCUUCCAUGGAAAAUCUGGCUGGUAUCUUGAUGCUAUCGGAGUAUAUAUCGAGCCUAUUCAUAAAUCUUUACCGAUUAGUUCUGUAGUUCAGUCUCAGCAACACCAUUCUAUCGUUCAUACCAAACAAAACAUCGUCCAAGGGAUGGAGAAUUAUGAAUACUCAAUGAUACAAGGAAGUCUUGGUAAAAAUUUUAAUCUCAUCUUUGCAGUUAGACACAAGGAGGAGAACAACAACAUUUUACCUCCAACCACAUUUUCGAGACAAACUUCUUCUAGUUCUGAAUCUUCUGAUAGCGAUUCCAUCUCUACCGAACCAAACAAAAAGGUUGCAAAUAUAGCCCCUGCCUCUAUUGAGAGAGUCCCGUCGAAAACUAUCAAAGGUGUUGUCACAUAUUGUCCCUGGGGUGGAAGUGGAGGGACUGUCUUUGAUGAUGGUAUUUAUGAUGGUGUUAGGCAAGUUUACUUGUCACGCAACGUAGGGAUAGUUUCGAUAAGAGCUUGCUACGACAAAAAUGGACAAGCAAUGUGGGGAAGUAAGAACGGUGGUACUGGAGGAUUCAAAACCGAAAAGAUAAUAUUCGAUUAUCCAUCAGAGAUUUUGACACACAUCACAGGCUACUAUGGACCAACUAUGAUUAUGGGACCGAACAUUAUCCAAUCACUAACGUUUCAUACUACGAAAGGCAAACAUGGACCUUAUGGAGAAGAACAAGGACAACAAUUUUCGACAAAGUUGAAAGAAGGGAUAAUUGUUGGCUUUCAUGGUAGGAAGGGAUUGUUUCUCGACGCACUUGGUGUUCAUGUGUUGGAAGGGAAAGUUGCCCCAUGUUUACCUCCUACUCCCACCUUCGCUCCAUCUCCCAACUCCGUUAAACCAAACGCAACAUCAGUCCCAUCCUUACCUUCACCAACUCCCCCCAAACCUAUCAAACCAGCUGCAGCAAUUGCUCCAUCUUUAACUGCCCCUUCUCCGCUGAAACCUGUCAAACCAAAACCAACAUCUGUCACUGAGGCUGAUGAUAGUACACAAUGGACCUUUAAACUUGGAAGAAGAGGACUCACUGAGGAGACGAAAAAGGAAAAGAGAGCGAUAAAAUGGAACGGAGGAGCACAAAGGAUAGUGAAAGAUCCAGCACCAUAUGGACCUGGUCCAUGGGGUGGAGAAGGUGGAAAGCCAUGGGAUGAUGGAGUUUUCACUGGGAUCAAGCAAGUCAUCUUAACACAAUCAUCAGAGGCCAUUUGUUGUAUCGAAAUUGAGUACGAUCGGAAUGGACAAUCUGUUUGGUCAGUAAAACAUGGUGCAAAUGCUGGGAAAUUGACAAAUAGGGUAAAAUUAGAGUAUCCUCAUGAAGUCCUAACAUGUAUUACUGGAUUUUAUGGUCCAAUAAGUAAGGAGAUGGGAUUGAAAGUGAUAAAAUCAUUGACAUUUCACACCACUAGAAGGAAGUUUGGUCCAUUUGGAGAGGAACUAGGAACAUAUUUCACAUCAUCAACAACACAAGGCAAAGUGGUGGGAUUUCAUGGGAGAAGUGGAAUGUAUUUGGAUGCAAUAGGUGUGCAUAUGCAACAUUGGUUGGGCAAUCAAAAAACCUCCAAACAUUCUCUUAUGAAAAUAUUUCACUAAAGUUUGAUACUUAUUUUCGCUUGGCAUAACACAUAAACAGACGCUCAAGACACUUUCAAAUUUGAAGUGCUUACUUGUCGGCUGCGAUCGAAUUUAAUUUAAGUGUUUGUAUAUGUAUUAUGUCUUUUCUAAUUUGAAUAAAGAAAAGUCGAAACACAAAUAAAUUUUGUGUGGAGUCUAAGAAACAUCUUCUUAUUAAUUUGGUUUGUGUGUAUGAGUGAAUAAAUGAAAGUAUUUUUGUAAUAACAUUUGGAUUUUGAUGAAAAUGUUUAAA